AUGGACAGAUGCCCGCGUGCGUGCGUGUAUGUGUCCUGCAUGAGCUCUGUAUUGUUCUGCGGUAUUCCACACAGCGUACCGAACACGUGGGAGGUGCACCAGGCGCCUCCGGCGACGAACUUGAAGGGCCAUCAUGGCAGGUCUCAUUUCUCUCUCGAUGUGCACGAACUGAAGUUCUACGCAGACUUCUAUAAUGAACACCAUACAUGCUGUUGGCCACGGCUAGUGCUCGACGCGCACCUUGGUAAAUCUGCCGAGGAGGUGGCUCACGCUCACUCCGCUGUCGCCGCGUCUGAAAACCUGAAGCGGACAUUUCUCGGACCGAGCGCGGCAGCUGAAGACACCACCGAGGCUUCUGUAUCGCUAUACACGGACCAUGUGGCUAAGGUGAUGGAGCAGCUGUAUAUGGCGCAACAGGAGAAGGCGCCCCGCGCAGCGUAUGCGCGUCGCGCGCUGUUUCACCAAGGAGUGCCGCCCGUGCUGCGCUGCCACGAACACAGCGACUCCUUUGUCUACGUGCUGAGUGGACAACUCCGACUGUUUCACAGCUGCCGAAUCAGGAACUGGGUGAGUGAUCACCAAUUUGAUGAACGUGAAAGUCACUGUUCGCAUGGGCCUACCGCUGACGACCUCGCGCGUGACGUGUUUCCUCUGGUGCUUCUAAUGGCUCCUGGGGAUGAUUGUGCCGCGUACGUCGACGCCGAGCCGCCCGUGGCUUCCGCAGCGACUCAGUGGCGCACGAAACCUCUCGUCCUCGCACUUGAGUCGGUGGAGACCGUGCACUCGCCUUCUCUGAAUGAAGGUGGGGAGGAACACGAGAUGUGGUGCGCUGCCUAUACACCUUUCACGUGGAUCUGCAACCCGCUUGGGAACGAGAAGGUCUCCGUGCUGAUCAAGUCUACCGCUGCGAUGCGUCGCCUGCCGCGGGCACAGAAGCACGAUACGGCGACAUCAGCUGCGUCCAAGCGAAGUGCGAUGACGCAACAAAUCGAGUCGCCAGCCGCAGAGCUACCGGUUUCGCUACAGCCACUGUGGCUUUCUUUCACCGUGUACGCGUCGGAGUACGCGUGUGAGGCCGCGAAGGAGCGAAUCAUGCGGGCAUUGGCGUCCAGUGACGUGUACAAUCUUCAUGUGACGAAAGGUAUGCGCUUUGGCCUCGGCGGAGCGGACUUUUACAAGCGCUCUGUGCUGGGCCCGGAUGAGGAGGCACUCUCACACGCGCGGAACCGGCGACCUGCCCAGCUGAUGCGACUUCUGGACGACAAACUGGAGCUUGUGACAGACGCGCCUUCGAGGGAAGCUGUCGGGCUGCCUUCGUUGAAGGUGUCUCGGCAUGAAAGUGAUGGCGAGCCUCCGUCGACGGCGGCUGGUGAAGAGUGCCAAUCGCCUCGCUUGGUUCCUUCCGUGGUAACGUAUCGUGUUGCUCAACUCUGCACGGUGCGGCCGAUCGAGCGGGAAUGGUGCCGACUUCCGAAAUCGAUCACGCUUGCUUCCGUCCUACCGGGACCGGCAGGCAUAACCCCAUCGCAGAGCGGCUGGCCGCUGCGUGUGUUACCCCACGCGAGCGAAGGCGCCGAUCCUGUUGUGGAGCUGUCUUCACUUGCCACUCUACAGGACCUUGCGGCGGCAUUGCGCAGUGUGUCGCCAUGA